AUGGCGCAAAGCCUGCAGCAACUGCACCAACGCUUUGCGGGGCGAGUUCAAUUCGAGUGCCUCGAAGGCCCGCACGCGGCACCCGACGCGUGGGGAGGCCGCUCGUGGAUCGCGACAGAUAAUGGCGAGGCUGACGACGGGUCUGAAGUCAAAUGGUCAUCUACGCUGGCACUUGUCAAGAGGGCCAUCCUUGCGCACGGGCCCUAUGAUGGAUUGUGGGGCUACUCAAUGGGCGCAGCAACCUCAAGCCUCUUGGUCGCGGCGCUGCCGCCGGGCACCUUCCGCUUCGCCGUCCUCGCCGCUGGCUACAAAACCGCCAAGCAACCCAAGCUGCUAGCUCUGUUGGCAGACGCGACCCCCAUCUGCACACCGACGCUGCACAUCCACGGCCAGAGUGAUGGGAUCAUACUGCCUGAGUGGUCGCGCUAUUUGAUGGACCAUUUCGACGAGGGGACACGCGAGCUUUGCACCCACCCAGGCGAACAUCUGGCGGUGCCAAAGACGGAUGCCGGGCUGCGGCAAGUCGAGCUCUUCCUCAGCCGCCAGGGCGCGCCGUGGGGAUGGCGCGCGACGGCACGGCGUAGCGACGGCGUGGACCGGCCAUGGGACCACCGCAACGAGGCCGAGCUCGAGAUCGCCAAGUCCACCCCGAGCUUCCAGCUCAUCCCGGGGCAGGAGCCCGUCCUGGCCGCCUGA